UUCUCCCCAACGGCCGCCAAGACUCCGCGCGGGUGAGGAGAGCGCGGCUUCCCGGGCUCUCUGGUUUCCGCCCGCGCCCCCACUCUCCCGGAGCACAGCACCUUCCCGGCUCCGCGCACAGGCUGUGCCACGUAGCCUUGACCCGCGACUCCCCUGCAGCUCCCGCGGACGCACCGACGAAUCGAUUCGCACGCCGGAAGCGACUGAGUCGCCCGGGCGUCCCGAGGCCGAGAAGCCCCGCGCGCCAUGCAAUCCACUCCCGACUGGCCCCCAACGCCCGGUGCCCUACGGCCCUCUCCUUUUCUGCACCCUGUACUGCACGCCCUCCACCGCCUGGCCCGAGCCCUGCUCUUUCCGGCUUACUGGGCCCUGGACCAGCUGCUGGGCUGCUGGGCGCCGGUGGCGCGCCCGAGCUGCCGGAAAGCGCUGAGAGCAGCAGCGGGCGCCGUGGCGGCGCUGCUGCUGCUGCUCCUGGUCGGCCUGCCCCUGGCACUGCCGGGCCUGCUGCUCUGGCUGCCCCUGCAGGCUUGGCGCCGCCCCUUCUGCUACCGGCCGCCUCCGCAGUGCUGGGCGCCCCCAGCGCCCUGGCGCCCCCCAGCUGAGCCCGCGCGCUGCUUUGGCUUCCUCAGCGCCAACCUGUGCCUGCUCCCCGACGGGCUAGCGCGCUUCAACAACUUGCGGCACAGCCAGCGGCGGGCCGAGGCUGUGGGCGCCGUGCUGCUCGCCGGCCUGCGGCCGUCGCGAUAUGGGACUACGGGCUGCAGUUCGCCAGGGCCUGGGACGCCGGAUGGGGUGCUGACGGCCGCGGUGCCGGCAGGUCUGGACUUCGUGUGCCUGCAGGAGGUGUUUGACCUGCGCGCGGCGCGCCGCCUUCUCGGCCACCUGGCGCCCAACCUGGGCCCGGUGCUGUACGACGUAGGCUCCUUCGGCCUGCAGCCCGGGCCUCACCUCAAGCUGCUCGGCAGCGGGCUGCUGCUGGUCUCGCGUUACCCGCUGCUGCGCGCCGCCUUCCGAUCCUUCCCCCACGCACGUCGCGAGGACGCGCUGGCCUCCAAGGGACUGCUUUCCGCACAGGCGCUGGUGGGCUUCCUGGAUGGGCGGCGCAUCGUGGGCUUCCUGCACUGCACGCAUUUGCAUGCGCCGAGCGGUGAGCCUCGCGGACGGGAUGGUCAGCACGUGGACGGGCAGUCUCGCCUCUCACCCUGGCACCGGCAGGUCCCAACCCUCGUCUGCAUCUCCGCUUCCCCCACCGUUUGUUCACUGCCCGGAGCACCGCGAGCUGGGUGGAGCGCCCUGGAGGGCUCACAGAUCGGGGCGGGGCGGCGGGUGCGCAUCUGGGCUCAGACAUCCUCCCCCACCCCCGCAGGGGACGGGCCCUUGCGCUGUAAGCAGCUGACGGUUCUACUGGACUGGAUCGAGCAGUUUGAAGGCGAGAGCCGCCAGAGUGGCGAGGCCGUGGCCUUCAGCGUGCUUCUGGGUGACCUCAACUUCGACAACUGUUGUUUAGACCACGCGAAGGAGCAGGAGCACGAGCUCUUCAGCCAGUUCCGGGACCCCUGCCGUCUGGGCACUCGCCGGGAGCAGCCCUGGGCCCUGGGCACGAUGCUGAGCACUUCCACCCUGCGCUGCUCGGUGGCCUGCUCCCCAGAGAUGCUACGGAGGGCCCUGGAGCAGGAGGAAGGGCGCCGCCGCUACCUGGCAGGCCCUCCCGGCGGAGGCCCCCGGGCUAAGCCCUGGCGGGGCCGGCGCGUAGACUACGUCAUGUACCGGGGAGUGGCCGGAGGCCCGCUUAGCCCAGAGGUGGAGCAGGUGACCUUCAGCACCGCCCUGGCGGGGCUCACAGACCACCUGGCCGUGGGACUUCGGCUCCGAGUGUCCGCGCCCUGCCGGCACACGCACGCUGGCGACAGUUGCGAGGCCGGGUGGAAAGACGGACACGGACGCAGAGCGUGAGCCUGGCCCGUUGCCGCGGGGACAGGGCGACUUAAGAGCUGUUUAUUGUGGGGGCCCUCCCUCACACCGCCUCCUGGGCUCUGCGGUACUCGUAGACGCUGCCGCGCUCAGGGAAGGCCGGGGACUGCUGGGGCGACCCCGGCAGCUGCGGGGCGGGGUCAUCCGGGUCCCCGUAGCCCCCACCGCCUGGUGUGUGGAGGCAGAACACGUCCUGUGGAACAGAGGGCAGGCUCAGGGCGGGCAUGCCCUCCCCGCACGCCGCCUCCCGCUGCGGUCCCAUUCCCUCGCCCCCGGGGCAGCGCGUCCACGGGACCCACUGUACCGCGGGGGCCCACUGCGCGCCCUCUUCCCUUCAGAAACCAAAUUAAACUCCGUGUCUGGUCAUCUUUGCAA